AUGUUUCUGUUGAUGGAAAAUCCAACAGAAAGUCUAGAACAUGACUGCCUGCUAACUGUUGAACAAGUUUAUACCAGCAGAUCUGACCUGAAAGAUGAACCUCUGGAAAAUCCUGAUUUGGAGUUAUUUACGGAUGGGAGAAGCUUUGUGAAAGAAGGAAGACGAACGGCCGGAUACGCUGUUGUCACCACCACCAAGGUACUGGAGUCAGGAACGCUACCUGCAAAUACCUCGGCACAGAAAGCAGAACUGGUGGCAUUGAAACAAGUCUUGCGAAUGGCAGAAGGAAAGAAGGUAAAUAUACGGACUGAUUCUAAAUAUGCAUUUAGCAUGAUUCGUGCUCAUGGAGCUAUCUGGAAAGAAAGAGGACUGCUCUCAGCCCGAGGAUCAUCGAUAAAACAUAAAGAAGAAAUCCUCCAGCUCCUAAAAGAAGUGCAGAAGCCAAAGGAAGUGGCGGUAAUGCAUUGUAAGGCUCAUCAAUUUGGUCAGACAGCUGUAAACAUAGGUAAUCGAUUGGCGGACAAAACGGCAAAGGAGGCUGCGGAACAAGGUAUCCUUGCACUAGUACCAGUAAAACAGAUAAAAAUCCUGAAUCUGAAACCAAAAUAUAGCAAAUUGGAUGAGCAAUUGGCGGAACAAUUAAAAGCAUCACAAAAUACAGAAGGGUGGUGGGUAACGCCAGAAAAGCAGCCCGGGGAGCCGGCCCGGCCCAACGGGCUCAUGUACUUCAAGGAGGCAGAGGUGCGAUUUGCCCGGCUGUGGGUGGGCGUGUGGUCUGUGCUCUGCUGCGCCUCCACCCUCUUCACAGUGCUCACCUACCUGGUGGACAUGCGGCGUUUCAGCUAUCCGGAGCGGCCCAUCAUCUUCCUCUCGGGCUGCUACUUCAUGGUGGCAGUGGCCUAUGCGGCAGGCUUCUUGUUGGUGGAGCGGGGGUCGGAGCGCUUCUCCGAGGACGGUUACCGCACUGUGGCCCAAGGCACCAAGAAAGAAGGCUGCACCAUCCUCUUCAUGAUCCUCUACUUCUUUGGCAUGGCCAGCUCCAUCUGGUGGGUCAUCCUGUCCCUCACCUGGUUCCUGGCUGCUGGCAUGAAGUGGGGCCACGAGGCCAUUGAGGCCAACUCCCAGUAUUUCCAUCUGGCUGCCUGGGCUGUGCCCGCUGUCAAAACCAUCACCAUCUUGGCCAUGGGGCAGGUGGAUGGGGAUGUACUCAGUGGGGUGUGUUAUGUAGGCAUCUACAGCGUGGACUCACUCCGGGGCUUUGUGCUAGCACCCUUGUUUGUGUACCUCUUCAUUGGCACUUCCUUCUUGCUUGCUGGCUUCGUGUCUUUGUUUCGCAUCCGCACCAUCAUGAAGCAUGAUGGCACCAAGACAGAGAAACUGGAGAAGCUGAUGGUGCGCAUUGGUGUCUUCAGUGUCCUCUACACGGUGCCUGCCACCAUUGUCCUGGCAUGUUACUUCUACGAGCAGGCCUUCCGUGGCACCUGGGAGAAGACGUGGCUCCUCCAGACCUGCAAAACCUAUGCUGUGCCCUGUCCCAGCCACUUUGCCCCUAUGAGCCCAGACUUCACUGUCUUUAUGAUCAAGUACCUCAUGACCAUGAUUGUUGGGAUCACAACUGGCUUCUGGAUCUGGUCUGGCAAAACCCUUCAGUCCUGGCGACGGUUCUACCACAGACUCAGCACCGGCAGCAAAGGCGAGACGGCAGUAUGAGACCCCUCUCUCCUCUCUGGCACACACACACGCAUGCACGCACGCAGAGGAGAGGGAUACUUGGCAGUAGAGGACAGCAAUGGCUCCCUGAAGAGUGAGGAAGGGAGGCUUUUCCAAACUUUUUCUUCCUCCCAGAGGGUUUGAAAAAUAAAAUCAUUCUCUAAAGGAUCAGACAGACUGUGUCCAGUGAUGCUUAUGCCCAGCUAAGUCGAAGAGCACAGAAAGAGGCCACUGGUGGGAUGGGAGAGUCCUUCACCCAAAAGAAGUCUCCUUACUUUUCUCUCCCGCUACGCCUGUGCAGGAGAAUGAACCAACCCAACUAAAACCAUCCUGCCUUGCUUUGGAC